AUGUUGACUAGGGAAGAGGUCAGCACUCAUGCUAGCAGAGACUCUUGCUGGGUUAUCAUCAACAACGCCGCUUACAACGUCACCAACUUCAUAGACGCUCAUCCUGGUGGCGCUGCAAUCAUAUUGAAGUAUGCUGGUAGCGAUGCAACAGCGGCGUUUGAGCCGGUGCAUGCCUCAGAUACUCUGGAAAAGUACCUCACCUCUGAGCAAUGUCUUGGGCCCGUGGAAGCUCUGGCAGCUACUGCCUCCAACAGUAACACAAAUGGAUGGGCUUCUUCCACAAGUGUAGUCGUUCCAGCAGGCCGGCGAGCGCCCAGACUUUCGUCGAUGAUCAGCAUCUCAGACUUCACCUCCGCAGCACAAAACAUCCUUCCUCCCACAUCAUUCGCGUUCCUGUCGACCGGAGCGGAAGACAACCAAGCACUCGAAUGGAAUCGGCGUAGCUGGCAGGCUGUACGACUCCGGCCUCGGGUAUUGCGGCCCAUUGCGCAAUUGGAUAUGAAGCGGACAAUUUUGGGAGCGAAGUUCAAGCUGCCCCUGAUCAUAUGUCCUGCUGGUGGCGCCAAACUAUGCCACCCGGAAGGCGACGUCCUGCUGACAGAAGCAGCUGGUGAUAAUGGAAUCCUCCACUGUGUAUGCAAUAAUGCAGGGCGGAGUCAGGUCGACAUAGCGGCCGCGAGGAGGGAGGGGCAAGUGUUAUUCUGGCAGAUCUAUGCGAUGAAGAACUUGAAAUUGACGGAAGCUGAAAUAAAUAGAGCAGUCGAGAUGGGGUUUGGCGGUGUGGCACUAACGGUAGAUGCUAUUUGGGCGGGGAAAAGAGAAGGUGAUCUGAGGGCAAGACUGAAGGAGGAAGAAGAAGAAGCAGCUGGAGAGGCUGACACCGAAGAUGAGGAAGCUUUCAGGCGAGAGCCCGCCGUAAGAAGACCGCCUGUGUACGCUGAUUUCACCUUCGAGUCAGCUAUCCGAUGGCUUCGGAGCAUCACGAAUCUGCCCAUCGCGAUCAAGGGCAUUCAAUGUUGGGAGGAUGCCGCAGUAUGCAUGCAAUUCGGCGUCCAUCCCUGGCUGUCAAAUCAUGGCGGCAGGCAGCUGGAUGGAGCGCCGUCCUCGGUAGAAACUCUGAUUGAUAUCCGGACGCAUUGUCCUGAGGUACUGCAGAGAUGCGAAGUGAUCGUGGACGGUGGCGUCACGAGAGGGUCAGAUGUGGUGAAGGCUCUUGCACUAGGUGCUCGUGCCGUGGGCGUUGGUCGGGGCUUCCUGUACUCGAUGGUUUUCGGACGGAGAGGGGUCAACCAGGCCGUCCAAAUCCUGAAACAUGAGAUCGAGACGACGAUGGCGUUGCUUGGAGUCCAGACCCUUGAUGAACUUGGGCCACAGCAUGUAGGUCCUCAGAUAUGCCAUGUGAGUUCGUGCACUCACCUAUUACAGGUCGACAUUCGGGCCCUAGCGGGCGUCUCGGCUCGGUUAUGA